AUGUGCCGAUGUCUGUUGUUGAUAAACGCGCACACACAUACACACAACGCCGAGCGGGAUUGGAUUGAGCCCACAGCCACAAUUUCUCUCCGUCGGCACAAAUGGCUGCUUCUUCCUCGCUCUGCCAAACACAAUAAUCACUUCGCUUCGUUUCACUCGGUUUUGCGCUUCCCGGUCUUCGCUUCUUCCGUUUCUUCCCGGUGCUGUCUAUCCUCUGAUUCUAAUAAUCGUAAUUUGACGCUGAGGUUGAAGGCGUCGGCCACUUCUGCUGCCCCGGUAAUGGAUCAGCCCACUUCGUCUUCUUCCUCUCCUGAUGUUUCUACAAUUGUAGAGGUCGAUUUGGGGGACCGGAGCUACCCGAUCUACAUCGGCUCCGGCCUUCUUAAUCAACCUGAGCUGCUGCAAAGGCAUAUUCACGGCAAGCAAGUCCUUGUGGUCACCAAUACCACGAUUGCGCCAUUGUAUCUUGAUAAAGCUAUUUCUGCUUUAACGGAUGGAAACCCCAAUGUCAAAGUUGAGAGUGUAAUUUUGCCAGAUGGAGAGAAAUUUAAGGACAUGGAAACUCUAAUGAAAAUCUUUGACCAAGCAAUUGAGUCACGAAUGGACCGGCGCUGUACGUUUGUUGCCCUUGGUGGUGGAGUCAUUGGUGACAUGUGUGGGUAUGCUGCAGCUUCAUAUCUGCGAGGAGUGAAUUUCAUUCAGAUUCCUACAACUGUUAUGGCGCAGGUAGAUUCUUCAGUUGGUGGUAAAACUGGAAUCAAUCAUCGGCUUGGAAAAAAUUUAAUUGGAGCAUUCUACCAACCACAAUGUGUGCUUAUUGACACCGACACACUGAACACAUUGCCGGAUCGUGAGUUAGCAUCAGGACUUGCAGAAGUCAUAAAGUAUGGACUUAUAAGGGAUGCUGAAUUUUUUGAGUGGCAGGAGAAGAAUAUGCACGCACUGCUGGCAAGGGACCCGAGUGCAUUUGCUUAUGCUAUCAAACGCUCAUGUGAGAAUAAGGCUGAGGUUGUAUCCUUAGAUGAGAAGGAGAGCGGACUGAGGGCAACAUUAAACUUGGGCCACACUUUUGGUCAUGCAAUUGAGACUGGUUUUGGGUAUGGGCAGUGGCUUCACGGGGAGGCUGUUGCAGCUGGCACGGUAAUGGCAGUUGACAUGUCUUACCGGCUUGGAUGGAUUGAUGAUUCAUUGGUAAAGCGAGUGCAUAUGAUAUUGCAACAGGCCAAAUUACCUACAGCACCUCCAGAAACCAUGACUGUGGACAUGUUUAAAUCUGUUAUGGCGGUAGACAAAAAGGUAGCGGAUGGUCUGCUAAGGCUCAUCCUCCUGAAAGGUCCUCUAGGCAAUUGUGUUUUUACUGGUGAUUACGAUAGAGAGGCCCUUGAUGACACGCUGCAUGCAUUUUGCAAGUCAUAGUUUCAUUUUUAUUUCACCUGCUGAAAUUCGGUCUGUGUAUGUAUUUUUUGUUUGAUUUCUCUGUAUUUUUGCCCCAUGAAGAUGUUUCCUGUGCUACAACCAAACCUACUCAAUACCAUGUUGUACAAACAUCACCAGUAGCUAGUUAGGACUUACUGGAUAAUUUUGCUUGAUGAUAAUAAGAGUGCAGAUUGUAUGGGUUC